UCCAGAAUGAGUAGUGAAGGCUGCUCUUUAUCCCGCAUUGCAAAGUAAAACUUGUCUUUUUAGAAACGUAUACUGAAAAUGGGCGCAUCUCCUGUGCUUCUUUAGGGUGUAUUAGGAAACUGGGCCAGUCACUGUCAGGAUUGUCCUGUCGGUGUGUCGGGAGGGAAAGAAAUGGGAGAGAAACUUACCCUCCCAAAUGUUUUCCUGCCGAGAUGCUUUUCGAGCUGCCUCUUAGGUGAUUGCUUUUCUUUUCUGGAACGAAGUAAAAACUGCAGGUAGAAAUCAAGGUGUCUCAGACUUCUGACCUGGCAACCUUUUUAGCGUUUUCCUGAAUUCGAACUGAUAUGAAUGAGAGACUGGAACUGAAAAGAAAAGGUUUUGGUGCUACGGAAUAUCCAGGCAGCUAGAGGGCGUAAAAGCUACUUUCCAAAUUUAGAUGGCAAUUUUAGAUGUGAUGCAAGAUGUCAACUAUUCUCCAGCAUGCUAACGUCCAAUUCUGCUGACUGAGCAUCUGCACAAAUGACCAGGCAUUCUCUUCAGGGUCAUCCUUCCGAAGUAUAAAAAGUGGAUGGUGGCUCACGUGUCCAAGGAUGGCACGGUCACGUUCUAGAUCCCCCAGGUGGAAACACAGGUCUUUAUCACCAUUACCUAGAAAUUCUGAAUAUUACAAGCAAAGGCAUUCUCCUGAGCGUUAUGGCUGUGAAUAUAGGAAGGAUCCAGAAAGACCCAUGGCUUGGAGAAUGGACAAUGAGAAAUAUGGGCAGAGUAAACCAAGGAUUCCUUCUCGUGGAAAUAUACAUUACCGAUCUUAUGAACAAAGAUCACCUUCCCCAAAUACAAGAAGAGACUCUUUAGAAAAUUUUUAUGCUUAUAAGCCUCACCGAGUAUAUUUACCAGAAAGAGAGGAUGGUAACAGAAGAUCUCAGUAUACGCCCAGCUACUCAGAAGGUGUACCCUACAAAGAGCACCAGAGGAAUUGUUAUCCCCAGAAAGCGCAAGGAAGGUAUACUCCUGAUGACCACAGAGUGAGAGGAAGUGGAAAAGGAGGGAAACCACCUCAGAGGUCAAUAGCAGAUUCUUUUAGAUUCGAAGGAAAGUGGCAUGAAGAUGAGUUGAGGCACCAGAGGAUACAAGAUGAAAACUAUUCUCCAUCAUUUAGAAGAGGUUCUGAAGAUUUUGAGAAAAGGAGCUCUUUUCCGAAGAGGUAUCCUGAGGAUCGUGAUUUCAGAACAUAUGGACACACAUCAACAAGACCUCAAGACGUGGAGAGGUAUGAAAGCAGAGAGCCUGCCAGGAACCCACAGUGGAAGUUUGAGCAUUCUUUUUCACCUUACCAAGAGAAGAAAGAUCACCGGAACUUUGGGCCCCAAACUCAUCGACAUGCUCAGAGGGAACCCCUAGAGACCAGUUCAGCAACCAGGCUAUCCUGUGACUAUCGCCACAAACGUCAUAAGACCUCAGAUGGGGACCAGGACUUUUCUGAUGGAAGAACUCAGAAGUACUCUAAGGAGGAAGAUAGAAAAUACACUUCUCAAAAAGGCCCUAUAAACAGAGAGUCCAAUUAUUUUAAUGCUGGAAGAGAGAGAGAGACUGAAGGUGGGCAAGUCAAAGAACCUUUUAAACCAUCUAAGAAAGACUGUACUGCCUGUACUCAUUCAAGUAAAUGUGAUGUUGUUUUGAGAUCCUGUAAUGACAAACGGAAGGACAAAACAAAGAAAGAGGGGGAUGGCAGAAAAGAGAGCAACUCUUCCAGUAACCAACUUGAUAAAAGUAAGAAACUUUCUGAUGUGAAACCUUCAUCUGCCACUCUUAGGAAGAAAUUGAUUACAGUUAAAGUAGAUGUGAAGAAAACAGUAAAUGCACCCAGGGUUGCUUCUAGCUAUUCCACAGAGAGACAGAUGUCACAUGAUUUGGUUGCUGUUGGCAGGAAAAGUGAAAACUUUCAUCCAGUGUUUGAACAUCUUGACUCAACUCAGAAUACUGAAAACAAACCUACAGGAGAAUUUGCUCAGGAAAUCAUAACUAUAAUCCAUCAAGUUAAAGCAAAUUAUUUUCCAUCACCUGACAUUACUCUACAUGAGCGUUUCUCAAAAAUGCAAGAGACACAAGCUGCAGACGUAAAUGAAAUUAAAUUGAAUUCAGAUCCAGAAAUUCACAGGAGAAUAGAUAUGUCUUUGGCCGAGCUUCAGAGUAAACAAACUAUGGUAUAUGAAUCAGGACAGACUCUGGUCAAAAUAAUAGAUCCAAAUGACCUACGACAUGACAUUGAAAGAAGGAGAAAAGAACGGUUACAGAAUGAAGAUGAGCACAUUUUUCACAUAGCUAGUGCUGCAGAGAGGAAUGAUCAGCAAUCCAGUUUUUCAAGGUUGGAGAAUACUCAAGGUGAUGGAUUCCAAAAACCUACGUGUUUUAUAGAAUCCAAUUUUAGAAAAUUUAUUCAGAAACCUUAUAUGAAUUAUCAAACUAUGCAGAGAAAAGACAUUACUCACAAACCUUUUGGAGUUGAGGGAAACCAUGAAAACACAAGAGGCUUUAGAAGACCUUUUAAGACCAACUUUAGAGGUGGCAGAUUCCAGCCCCAUUAUAAAUCAGGCCUAGUACAGAAGAGCUUGUGCAUCCAGGCUAAAUAUCAGCAUUUACGGUUCGCUGGCCCAAGGGGAUUUAUCACUAAUAAAUUCAGAGAAAAAUUACUGAGGAAAAAAAAGGAAUAUGCAAACAUUGCCACAGCAGUCUAAUCUGGAAUUGUUACAAAUGGAAGCAACACUACAGGAUGAUAUUUGGGAGCAUCUCUUUUUGUCAGGAGUUAGAAUUGGCACUCAAGCACUAAUACUGUAACUUUCUUGAUAAAAUAACUUUAUUUUUCUGUAGUGGAAUGCUGCAACUUUUUUACACUUAACGAUUGCUUUUAAAUUACAGUAUUCAAUUUAAAAGUUGUAUUAAAUACAGUUUCUUUUGCAAAAAGUCUCAAAAGGGCAUUAUUUGUUGAUGCAUUUUUCUCUGAGCAUGGUUUCAUAGAGAAUUUAACUGAGUUAUAUCUAGACGUUUAUAUGUUGAAAGUUUUGCUUCUGUAAUAAAAACGAACAACAAAAGUAUCUGAAUUGUAUAGUGUGUGUACAUGAACGAACUUGAAGCAGUGGCCUUAUGGUAGCAAAUUUUAUACCAGAUUUUUCUUUUUCUGAUGACACUUUGGUUUCUAACUUGAAGUUUUCUUAAGUUUCUGAAGAUUAAGGCCUAUAUAAUUCAUACGUUUCAUAUGAUGAUAUAAGAAGGUGAGAGAAAAGGUGCUUCAAAUUUUCCAUCAGGUAGUUAUGAAUGCACUGAAUUUUUAGUAAUUGGUUCAUUCAGUUUUUUCCACAACUAUUUGCUCUUUUCCAAUUUCAAAAAGCUAUUGUGGAAAAUAUGUAAAGAUUUUAUAAUCUAUAUUCCAUCUUACUUUCCCUCAGGGCAAGCUUGUGCAUAUCAUAUUUUUAAAGGCUUUUUAAAAAUUUGACAGACAAAAUCUCAUAUUUGGAAGUUGUACUUUACUACUACAGCAUUACACAUUUUGCAAGCACAUAUUAUAAAGUGUUUAUUUUCAGUUCAGUUGUAUUGAGUACUUACUAUGUGUAAGAUAAAAUUGAUGGGAUUUUAAAUGAUAUUUUAGGUCCCAAUACCUUAUUUCUUUGUUUUCUGUGUUCUGCUUAAUAGUAUAUAUACAUUCCCAGUUAAAUUUUGUGAAAUGUUUAUUUGUAAUGAAAUAAAAUAUUGUUGCUCCUUCUGCUUGAAGAACGAACUUACCAGUUUGUGUG